UACUCUAUGGUCAAUAAUGGAUUCCAAUUCGAUUUCCUGAAAAAGUUAAGGGUUGCUUAUGGCAGGUACAGACACAAAAACAUAGGAUAGAUAUUCUGGAAGUACGCUGCGACUGGAUACUUGGAUUUAUAUCCUUAAUCUUAAAAAAAAAUAUGUCUUUAAAAAAAUAUGAUUAAAGGUUUUCAGAGACGUAUCUGCAUUUACAUACAGAAGAUAAUAAAUUACGUAUAAUAUUUUUUUGUUGUUAAAAUAAAAUACGAUAUCGGCUUAUUUAACAAACAGAUACAAAGUUUCAAUAUGGGUUUUCUAACAAUAUUAAAGAAAUUGCGACAGAAGGAAAAAGAGAUGCGAAUACUUAUGUUAGGAUUAGACAAUGCCGGUAAGACUACAAUAUUAAAAAGGUUUAAUGGAGAACCAAUAGACACAAUAUCCCCGACUCUCGGCUUUAACAUAAAGACUUUAGAACACCGCGGUUUCAAGCUGAAUAUUUGGGAUGUUGGUGGACAGAAGUCUUUAAGGUCAUACUGGAAGAAUUAUUUUGAGAGUACAGAUGGAGUGGCAUGGGUGGUGGACAGUGCAGAUGCGCGGCGACUAGCUGACUGUGCACGUGAGCUUCACUCGCUGCUGCGGGAGGAGCGGCUUGCAGGCGCCACGCUGCUAGUGCUGGCCAAUAAAGCUGAUUUGCCUGGCGCACUCAGUUUACAAGAGAUUAGAGAGGCUCUAGACCUGGACAGCAUCAAAACACACCACUGGCGCAUCGUGCGAUGUUCGGCGGUCACCGGAGAGAACCUUCUAGAUGGCAUGGAUUGGAUGUUGGACGAUAUAGCUUCUAGAAUUUUCACAUUAGAUUGAAAAUUUUAUGAUAAAUUUAUUGGUCACGAUUAUUAUGCUUGGAUAUGUAGGCUUUGCCUUUUUUUAAUUAAAAAUAACAAUAAAUAAGGACAGAAAAGAUGAACUGUCUUCCUUCCUGGGCUUUUAUAUACCACAUCUGCGCCCAUUGACUGUCUAUGCUAAAUAUUAUGUAUGUGUUUACAAAAGAUUAUAAUGAUUCGUUGAUCUGUCAGGGCAUCAAGAAGUAACAAACUCACUUGCACUAUAACAUUAAAAAGGAUUUAAAAACAUAAAUUAUUUGUAUAAUAAUUUAAUUAUUAUAAUUAUAGAUAUUAAUAUAAUUUAUUAUUUGCCUUUAUAUUGUACUUAAUGGUACAUUUGAUGGCUGUAUCUGCGAUUUUUUAAAGUUAUAUGCCCCUUAAUUGUUACCAAAAUAUUUAGACAAUUAUUGUAAAAAACAUAUGUAAUUAUUUAUUUACUUGUCUACAGGAGCUUGACACAUUAAUCUCGUAUUGAUAAUCUUUCACUGUCAGCAGGCCUAUAUUGUUGUUUCAGCCUGAAUUUACUGCAUUACGAUGUAAAUAUAAUAACUGCUAUGUACAUAUAUUUAAAUUAAAUAAAUAAUUUUGUACCAAU